AUGUUAAAACUACUUUUGAGAGAAGCUGUAUCACGAAAAACGCUGUUAAAGAGUUUUAGAUAUUUCCACUUCACAAAAUAUUCCCACAGAGACAAUUUAUCACCCACCACAGAUAUAUUUCGCAACGCAAUGAAACGCAAACGUGAGCUGGCCAGUCUCAGGGAACAAAAUCAUGGAAGUGCAUCUAAAAAUGCUGUUCUUCCUACAGGGUAUAUAAAGCGUCAAAAACAACCGCAAAGAAAUGCUACCAAGAAAAAGAGAAUCUUCAUAACAUGGAGCACUGGAACAGAUAGAGCUAAAGAGGCCGCAAAUUCAGUUGUUACUGAAAUAUUUAAAAAAAAUUAUAAGGGAAACAUUAAAGUUGUAGAUCCUACUACUCACAGAAUCGAAGCAUCAAAUAUUAGGUAUUUUGCCAAGGGCAUUGACCUUGAUAAAGUCGGAUUGAGUAUUGUCAACGUUGAGCAAAUUGAUGAUGAAAAUCAAGUCCCACUUGUUAAAAUAGUGGAAAGUCGAGUGGCGUUAAAAAAAUACUCAGACUUCCUUGCUAAAAAGAAAGAGAAGGAACUAAUGCAACUGGGAGUAUUAAAUAAAUCUUUCAAAAAUUUAGUAACCGAUAAAAAGGAAGGUAACUUGAAGCAUAUAAAAAUAUCAUGGCAGAUUGAGAAUGAUGACUUAGAAAAGCAAAAGGCACACGAAAUAGUUUCAUUGUUAAAAAAAGGAAGUAAAGUAACAUUAUAUCUUGAUGACAAGAAUAAUAUAAACUCGAACAAUUGGCUUGAGAGUUUUGAAGAGCUAGACCACUUCCAAAAAGAUAGCGCAACCAGACUGUCAAAAUUAGUGUUGCAAAAAAGGGCAGCUGUUCUGGAGAUAUUGAAAGAAACAGUCAAAGAGCAUGCUAAUGAUCCUGUUUUGCUAGGUAACAUAGGCACAAAAAUGAUAAUGAAAUUGACGCCAAAAGAUGUUAAACCACAGAACAACGAUAAAAAGAUGCUAAAGGAAUUGAGGAGACAAGAGAGACAAGAAAAGUUAAAUAAAAGAAUUGAAAAAAAGAAAGAAAAAAUGAAGGAAAUGUAA